UAUCUUGUGCUGGAAUAUAUCCUCGCUACGGAUCUCAAACUGCAUUUCGAUAUAAUCAUGCAGUUCAAUGAAAAAGCACACGACAUGGAUUUGAGUAACGAAGCAGAUCGAGUUCUCAUCUCACAGAUGCUUAUCAAAUUUGCUGAUAUUAACAGCCCUUCCAAACCGUAUUCAUUGCAUCGCCAGUGGACCGAUCGCAUUUGUGAGGAAUUUUAUGGACAGGUAAAAAGUUGGUAUUAGCG